CAGAAAAGGCGCGUGAAGAAAGUCACUUCCUACAGUUGCUGCUUUGUGAUGGCUGCUCCAACUUUAACUUUCUUGUGUGUAAUAAUUUGUAUAUUGUGGACAAACAACCUCGCAGAAACUUCAGCCCCCAAUAUUAUAAUUAUGCUUAUGGACGACCUGGGUUGGGGUGACCUGGGGGUCCUGGGUCAGCCCUCCAAGGAGACUCCUAACCUGGAUGCCAUGGCUGCACAGGGCAUGCUGCUUCCAAACUUCUACACUGCCAACCCUCUCUGUUCACCAUCGAGAGCUGCACUUCUCAGUGGGAGGCUGCCUGUCCGCAAUGGCUUCUACACCACUAAUGGCCGCGCCAGAAACGCAUACACGCCGCAGGAGAUUGUGGGCGGGAUCUCCAGGGAUGAGAUUCUGUUACCUCAGAUGCUGAAAAAGAAAGGAUAUGUCAGCAAGAUAGUUGGGAAAUGGCAUCUGGGCCACAGAGCGCCGUACCUGCCCACCAAGAACGGCUUCGACGAGUGGUUCGGAGCGCCCAACUGCCAUUUUGGGCCCUACAACAACAGCGGGCGCCCCAACAUCCCCGUCUAUAACAACUCGGAGAUGGCGGGCAGAUACUAUGAGGAGUUUCAGAUUGACAGGAAGACUGGAGAGUCCAAUCUCACACAGAUUUACUUGCAGGAAGGUCUUGACUUCAUCGUCCGGCAGACCGUGGCCCAACAGCCCUUCUUCCUGUACUGGGCGGCUGACGCCACUCAUUCCCCAGUCUACGCUUCCAGACGCUUCCUCGGGAAGAGCCAGCGAGGCCGCUAUGGCGACGCCGUGAUGGAACUGGACCACAGCGUCGGUCAGAUCCUGUCACGGCUGAGGACUCUGGCUAUCCAAAAGAACACCUUUGUUUUCUUUACCUCGGACAAUGGAGCCGCGCUCACGUCGGGCCCCAACGAGAGUGGCAGCAACGGGCCCUUCCUCUGUGGGAAGGAGACCACCUAUGAAGGGGGCAUGAGGGAGCCCGCCAUCGCCUGGUGGCCCGGAAACAUCGCAGCAGGCACGGUGAGUUUCCAACUGGGCAGUGUGAUGGACCUGUACACCACUAGUUUAGCGCUGGCUGGCAUUAGCCCGCCUGAUGAUCGAACCCUGGAUGGACUGGACCUGACAGCAAUCCUCCUGAACACGUCCCAACCGCUGCAAAACAGACCAAUCUUCUAUUACCGUGGGAAUGAGCUAAUGGCGGUCAGGCUUGGACAAUACAAGGCCCACUACUGGACUUGGACAAACUCGUGGGAUGAGUUUAAAAAGGGUGUGAACUUCUGUCCAGGUCAGGAGGUGCCGGGCGUGACCACACACGAGCAGACGGAGCACACCAUGCAGCCUCUCGUUUUCCACCUGGGCCGGGAUCCUGGGGAGAAGUUCCCGAUCAGUGUUUUGACCGGGGAAUACCAGGAGGUUGUGGGCCGCAUCUCUCCAGUUGUGGAGGAGCACAGGAAGACGCUCACACCAGGCGUUCCCCAGCUCAACAUGUGCGACCGGGCUGUGAUGAACUGGGCUCCAGCCGGCUGUGAGAAGUUAGGAAAAUGUCUCAAAGUUCCAAAAUCGGCUCCUUGGAAGUGCGAAUGGCCGCACUGACUGCAGAUGACCAAUGAACUUGUUUAUUUUAUUUUUUUUAAUCGGCAACUGUUUUAUAUUAAACACCAUAUCAUGUCAAAGUCAGCUGGGAUAGGCUCCAGCGCACCCGUGUCAACAUGCUACAGUUGUGAUCAAAAUUAUUCAACCCCCACACAAUUUUGGUAUUUUAGCAAGUUGGACAUUUAUUCCGUAUUUUGUUUAUAGUCAUAUCAAAUAAAGAUGUGUCAAAUCCACAAAUGCAACUUCAAUUGUAACACUGUAUUUUACAAAAUACCAAAAAAGGACAUUUUUCUUAAUAUCUCAUUGACAAAAUGAUUCAACCCCUUGAAGAUCAUAACUCUUAAGAACAGAAUUUGAAUAAGGUCUUUUCAAUCAGGUGUUGAAAACACCUGUAGAUGUGAUUAGAACCAUAACGAGCAACAAUUAAACUGAUUGAAAAAGACUGUGACGCUCGGCUCCUUGUAGAUGGUCAAUGGUGUAUUUGCAACAUGGUGAAGUCCAGGGAGUGGUCAAAGAAGUCAAGAGAGGAGGUCAUUUCUCUUCAAAAGAAAGGAUGUGGAUAUAAGAAAAUAGCAAAGACAUUACACAUUCCAAGAGACACAGUUGGGAGCAUAAUUGGCAAGUUUAAAUUUAACUUAAGGCACAGUGGAAACACUACCUGGGCGUGGUAGAAAGAGGAUGCUGUGAAGCGUACAGUGGUGAAAAACCCCCGGGUAACAGCUGAGGAACUACAACAGGACAUUGCAGAGGGGGGAACGCAGGUUUCGUCCCAGACAAUAAGGCGAUGAAGGCCUCCAUGCCAGAACUCCCAAGCGCACCCCACUUCUGACUACCAGGCACAAGAAAAAUAGACUCCAGUAUGCCAAAAAUCAUCUGGACAAACCCCAAAGUUUUGGGAAACUGUUCUAUGGAGUGAUGAGACAAAAGUGGAACUCUUUGGGCCUAUGAAUCAAGGUUAUGUCUGGACUAGAAAAAAAUGAAGCUUACAAAGAGAAGAACACCUUGCCUACUGUUAAGCAUGGUGGGCGGUCAAUCAUGCUCUGGGGCUGUUUCUCUGCUUCAGGUAGCGGGAAUCUCCAGCGCGUUGAAGGCAUUAUGAAUUCUAUUUCCUAGCAGGAUAUAUUAGCUGCAAAUGUCAUGAAGUCAGUGAGGAAGCUGAGGCUUGGGAGACGUUGGACCUUCCAACAGGACAAGGAUCCCAAGCAUACCUCCAAAUCAACAUCAGAAGAAGGGCUGGAAGACUCUGGAGUGGCCAGACCUAAAUCCUCUAGAAAAGCUGUGGUGGGACUUGAAGAAGACAGUUGCAGCACACAAGUCCAAGAAUAUGAAUGAACUGGAGGCCUUUGCCCAAGAGGAAUGGGCUCAAAUACUGUAGAUGCUUGCAAGAAGCUUGUGUAUCACCUUUGAAGGAUGUCAUUACUGUUCUACUAAGUACUAAAGAUGCAUGGAACUUUGAAGGAUGUCAUUACUGUUCUACUAAGUACUAAAGAUGCAUGGAACUUUGAAGGAUGUCAUUACUGUUCUACUAAGUACUAAAGAUGCAUGGAACUUUGAAGGAUGUCAUUACUGUUCUACUAAGUACUAAAGAUGCAUGGAACUUUGAAGGAUGUCAUUACUGUUCUACUAAGUACUAAAGAUGCAUGGAACUUUGAAGGAUGUCAUUACUGUUCUACUAAGUACUAAAGAUGCAUGGAACUUUGAAUGAUGUCAUUACUGUUCUACUAAGUACUAAAGAUGCAUGGAACUUUGAAGGAUGUCAUUACUGUUCUACUAAGUACUAAAGAUGCAUGGAACUUUGAAUGAUGUCAUUACUGUUCUACUAAGUACUAAAGAUGCAUGGAACUUUGAAGGAUGUCAUUACUGUUCUACUAAGUACUAAAGCUGCAUGGAACUUUGAAGGGUGUCAUUACUGUUCUACUAAGUACUAAAGAUGCAUGGAACUUUGAAGGAUGUCAUUACUGUUCUACUAAGUACUAAAGAUGCAUGGAACUUUGAAGGAUGUCAUUACUGUUCUACUAAAUACUAAAGAUGCAUGGAACUUUGAAGGAUGUCAGUACUGUUCUACUAAGUACUAAAGAUGCAUGGAACUUUGAAGGAUGUCAGUACUGUUCUACUAAGUACUAAAGAUGCAUGGAACUUUGAAGGAUGUCAUUACUGUUCUACUAAGUACUAAAGAUGCAUGGAACUUUGAAGGAUGUCAUUACUGUUCUACUAAGUACUAAAGAUGCAUGGAACUUUGAAGGAUGUCAUUACUGUUCUACUAAGUACUAAAGAUGCAUGGAACUUUGAAGGAUGUCAUUACUGUUCUACUAAGUACUAAAGAUGCAUGGAACUAGGGGGUUGAAUCAUUUUGUCAAUGAGAUAUUAAGAAAAAUGUCCUUUUUUGCUAUUUUGUAAAAUACAGUGUUACAAUUUAAGUUGCAUUUGUCUAUUUGACACAUCUUUAUUUGAUAUGACUAUAAACAAAAUAAGGAAUAAAUCUCCAAUUUGCUAAAACACCAAAAUUGUGUGAGGGUUGAAUAAUUUUGAUCCCAACUGUAAGUAAACAUACAGUAAUUAAUGAAUGGAGUGUGUGAUGUAAUACGGUAAGUCUGUUUUUUUACAUGUUGUUGUACAUAAUUGCAAGAGUCACGUGUGUGUUUUAUGUGCACAAGAAUUAUUCAAAUGUACUUCCUUAAAUAUUCCAAACAAGUGUCAGUAUGACGACGUGGAGUUAAAAGUGAGUAUUAAAGACAUGUUGGGGGAUGACAA